AUGGGAAAAUUCGGGAGUAGAUCCAUUGCGUUCCGCCCAAAGGCUUCACCAGCAAGAAAACCUCCCGUAAAAUACUGGAAGGGGCCGUUCCGGUUCUUUGAUCUUCCUCCCGAGCUAAGAGACCACAUCCUGAAGCUUAUCCUGCUCGACUGGGAUUCUACUAGCAAGGAUGCUGUCUACCUUUUCCUUACGAAUAAACGAAUAUACGCGGAAGCCGCUUCGAUAUUUUACUAUGAAGUCCUACUUGAUAAUAUGCAUCUGAAAGGGACCGCUGAUCCAUUCUUGGCCGGCUCACUCACUGCGGUAACUCCUCGGCUUUACGUUCGAAAUCUGAUCAUCAGGUUCUUAAUGAAGGAGCAGAUGCAUCUGUUUGGGGAGGUGUACGGCACAGCUUUACAAGAAAUGACCUCGAAUGGGAAACUCCAAAGCCUACGACUUGAGAUCGGAAGUCGUUUUCCAUGUUACGAGUUCUGGGGCUACGAAGACGAACUGUUCGUGUACGAUAAUAUUCGUAUUGUAGCCGAAAAGUGGAAGGGAAUGGUGAUAUCGGCGCCUCUAUUCAUCACGAAAGAGCCGUUCCAAAACUUCCUCAAGUUUCUUGAAGAGUCCAAAAUCCCUAAGAUCAGAUUAUUCGUCGAUGCCGAGGAUCACUCAAAAUUCUGGUGUAUGUUCCAUCGCCCUCAUCCGUCAGGUAAAAAGUGUGAUGGGGAGUGGAGAGGUAACGCGAAGGUAUUAAAGAUCCAGUGGACGAGUUUAGUCAAGGCUCUUAAAGGCGCCAAAGCUGUAGAACCAGGACAGAAUAAUUGUUAA